AUGGCUUUGCUUUCAGGAAUCGCCUUUUCCGUAUUGAACACAAGACAUUUAUCAACACUUUUCGAGAAUGAUCGGCACUUUUCGCACUUGGCUGAUUUUGAAAGGGAAAUGACGUACAGGACCGAAAUGGGUCUGUACUAUUCGUACUACAAAACCAUCAUCAAUGCACCUUCCUUCAUCAGCGGCCUGCAAGAAAUCACCCACGAUAAUGUGACUGAAUAUGGACACACUAUCAACACGCUGAAGAGGUUCAACCUGUACCCAGAGGUGAUUCUCUCAUUCGCUUAUCGACAGUUCAAAACACUGACAAAUGUCUUCGGAUGGAGACUGGAACGAUGUUGGACGGUGAACAGAGGAGAACUGGAUCCGGUAGACAGCUGUGAAGGUAUAGGCAAUCCGCACUACUUUUACAUCGAUCAUGUGUUUGCAUUGGCCGGCACCACAGCAGGAUGGAUUUUUGUGCUGGGCAUACUUGUCAGGUAA